AUGAAACACUUUAUCGUGUUAUUGAUAUUUGCAAAAACAUUUGAGUCGGCAAAUAUUUACAAGGGCAUUUUGGAUUCCAAGAAACAAACAGUUGCUGUUGCGCUAUCAUCGCAGAACAAUGAACCGGAUUUAAUCAAUCGUCGUUUCUGUUUCAACUGUGGUGGUGAUUGGAAAUCGGAGCACAAAAGCAAAUGUCCAACCAAUGAUCACACAUGUCAAUGUGAGAAGAAGGGACAUUUUCGCAAGAUGUGUCGACCUAAUAAAAACAAACCAGAAUCAUAUGCAUCAGAGUCGAAGGCAAAUGGAAAACAACGAGAGAAAUGGCAGUGUUGCCAACACAUCCUAAGGAAUUUUGCGAAAGAAUUCAACAUUCAUUAUUUGACGAAAUUGUGAACGGGUAACGAUCAAAUUGUGCUCACAUAGUUUUACUAAUAUUAAUAGCGCCAACUAAGAUUAUAUUUUAAUUAAAUCAAAGAGGCUAAAUCUAAUAUAUACGUUAAUGUGAAAAACGUCAACCAGAGGGUAGAAAUUUUAUACAUACUUAUAAGUACGUACACACAAAAAAGUUUUGGUGUCAAAACAGCACUCUUCGAUGUUGCUGUAAAGGUGUAAUUUUAACUCUUAACUAUUCCCCAAAAUUUGCCCCCACAUAAAGGCUGGAAUGAAACGGAACUCGUAUUUAAUUAAUUUUUUAUUCAGUUCAAAAACUAUUUUCAUAUAUUAUUUAGAUAAAAAUUACAUGC